GGCGACGUGGCUCUUCCGGCCAGCUGCAGGGGGAGCGGGGCUGUCGGCCACCAGAGGCUGUUGUGUUCUGGCGGUGAAGCGCAUUGCUUCUGGAAGAUGCCACCAGGGACCCUGGAGAACAUGGGACUUGGAUGAAGUGCCCGACGAGAGGAAGUUUUGGGGGGGCUGAGGACCUGAGGGCAGCCUAUUGGCAAUGUCCCGGCUGACGUGAAGAACACAGCGGACGGCGAUGAGGCGGCCUCGGUGGCAGGGCUGCCGCAGGGGACAGCGGGUUCCAGCACACGAGAAGAUCGAAGAGGGAAGCAAAGCCGCAGCGGUGGACAAGCUGCUGGCCGGGGAUGAGAUCGUCGGCAUCAACGACGUCGGCCUCUCGGGGUUUAGGCAGGAGGCGAUCUGCCUGGUCAAGGGGUCGCAUAAGUCCCUGAAGCUGGUUGUGAAAAGGAGGAAUGAGGUCAACUGGAGGCCGCACUCCUGGCACGCCGUCAAGUUCUCCGACGGCCACCCCGACCCCAUCGCUGCUCCGUUCUCCUCUGCCAGUGACUGCCCUCCUUGGCACGGCCGACACCACACGAGUUCCUCCUCCCAGGACCUGUCGGGCACGUGGGAGCAGACGAAUCUGCAGCAAGCCUCCGACCAGUUCAGCUCCCUGGGCAGCGUGGACAGCCUGGACCACCCCCCCUCCCAGCCCUGUCCCCCCGGAUGCCUCUCGGCCGCCAAGUCCAACAGCAGCAUCGACCGGCUGGGCGGCCCGAACAAGCGGGACUCGGCCUAUAGCUCGUUCUCCACCGGCUCCGGGACACCUGACCACACCGUGCCGAAGGCCGACGCCUCGUCCACCGAGAACAUCGUCAACAAAGAGGGUCUGUGGGAGGCAUCGCGGCCCGGCGGCAGCAGGCAGGAUGCUCAGGGCCCGGAGGAGAAGCUCAGGUAUUCCCCACCCAGGGUCCCCUGCGACAGUAGCAAAAGCCUGAAGCCAGAGGAAGGGCCUGGGCCCAGGCUGGCCACUUCCGGGAGGUCCAGUUUCGGGCCCGUCUGGUACGUUCCUGAUAAGAAGAAAGCAGCAGCUUCUCCUCCCCCGCCCCCUCCCCCUCUCCGAAGUGACAGCUUCGCUGCCACCAAGAGCCACGAGAAGGCGCAGGGCCCUCCGUUCUCAGAGGCGGCCGGCGCAGCGCACUUUGCGAGACUGAGGCGGGCGCAGUCCCGUGGCGACUGCAGACCGGAGCUGGCCGAUCAGCGGCGGAGGCCGGCACGCCUGGGCCACGGGAGACCCGGCAGCGUGGGCAGCACCGCAGGCGUCCCCCUUGACUGCGGGUGGCCGCCGUCCGGCCCCGGGGUCCCCAGCCGGCUGCAGGCCUCUGUGUCCAGCACGGACGUGCGUCUCCCGCCGACUCCCAGCGGGUGGCAGCACCUGCGCCAGUGCAGCGACGAGAGUCUGUUCUGCCCCGACAGCCCCUCCUGGGUCCCCCUGCCACCCCGGGAGCGUCUGCGGAAGGCCCUCACCGUGGGCCGCCAGGAGCGCCCCGCCCGCCGCGUCCAGGACGAGAGCCCCUCUGAGGUCCCGUGGCCCAGUGCUCCCGACCACAAGUGGGACACUAGUGAGCAGGGCCACUACCACUCUGUGACCACGAAGGUGGGCCUUCCGGGCAGCACACGGACAGUGCAUCGCCAUGAGGUCCGCUGGCAUCACGACGUGCCUUUGGGUGCCCAUGAGGGUCCAGCAGGCCCCAAAUCCCGCUGUCACCCUCCUCAGCAUGAGGCCCUGGCUGCCCAGGAUGGGCAGAGGGGGAGCUCAGGGGAAAGAGGAGCAGGGAGCCGCUCCUCGGGACUGGAAUGGCCCCAGAGAGCCGGCCCCAGCGACAGAGCCAGUGCGAAAAAAGUCGCUGACAGCUUCAGGUGGCCCGACGGAGAAAGCAGCAAGAUCUCUGCCCACAGGACGCCUAUGUUGCACUCGCUGACUCAGGACGCCGUGCAGGCGCCCGAGGGCGUCCAGGUGGGCAAGCCCAUCCGGAGGAGUGACCGGUUCGCCACCACCCUGCGGAACGAGAUCCAGGUGCGGCGAGCUAAUCUGCAGAAGAGCAGGAGCUCGGUGACGCUGGCUGGCCCCUACGAGGCGGAGGGCGAGGCCGCCGGCGUCAGGGCGGGCGUCAGGGCGGCCACGCUGGAAGCUGCGCUCCCGGGCACCUACAAGGACCACCUGAAGGAGGCCCAAGCCCGCGUGCUGAGGGCCACGUCGUUCAAGCGCCGUGACUUGGACCCCAGCCCAGCUGACCGUCACGCAGCGUCCCUGGAACGCAGGGCCGGGGACCCCCACGAACAUCCCGGCACUGCCUCCCGCGUCGCGAAGGUGGGCCUGGCCAGGUCGCCCUCGUGCGCGGGCGGCGUGUCGCACGUGGCCCGCAUCGGGGGCCGGAAACGGCUCACGGCGGAGCAGAAGCUGAAGUCGUACUCAGAACCGGAGAAGAUGAACCAGGUGGGCCUCUCCGGGGCUCACUGCCCACAGCCCGAGGAGAAGGUGGGGACAUUUGCCGACAGGUGCAAGUUUUUCGAGGAAACCAGCAGGCCUGUUUCGCAGAGGCCGGGGCCAAGGCAGGCGCUUUCUGGAACCCUGAAAGAGAAGCCGGAGCAGGCACGGGCCACAGGCCAUGGGGGCGAGGGCAGCGAGCCUCGGCUGCAGGAGCCUGCCCGCAGCACCCCGUCUGCCAGAUACGUCAGAGGCCCCAGCAGAGCGACGAAGGUGGGGAAAUUGGAGCCGCUGCGGUGGUUCGGAAGCUUUGUAGAGUACGAAGCCUCUUGGAGGAGGCAGAAGCAAGCUCAGGAAGUCGGGAGUUCCGGGCGGUAUCACUCGGCCGAUGACAUCCUGGACGCGGGUCUGGACCAGCACAGCGGGCUGCAGUACGUUCACGAGAGGUCCCAGUCGUCACCAUCCGGAGAUCUCUGCAAACAGGAAGCCCCCAUCGAACCGCGGCAGCCAGCCGAGGAGCCCGCCGAGCACAGAGAGCUUUCCUCCACAGCCUGGGCCGAGGAGGGACGUCCCGCCCUGAGACCAGCACAUGCCCAGUGGGCAGAAGACCGCCCAGGAGCGCAGUGGGGCCUGUGGGAGCCGCCCCAGGUCCCUGAGCAGUCGCACGCUCAGGAAGCUCCAGAGUUGCCCUUGGAGGGCGGCGGCCGAGCCGAGACUCUGCCCCGCGAUUACAGAUACUCCGAGCACCCCGCGGCCGCAGACCCGCCGCCCGCGCUGGGCGCGGGAGCGCAGGCGCAGAGCAGCCUCCCGGGGCAGGGCGCGUGGGCCGUGAGCACCAUCCCGCUCGCCAAGAGACCCGCCCAGCAGAGGCCCCCGCCGCCCAAGCAUUUCCGGGGCCCGGCUAGCGUCCCUCCUGUGAGCACGCCUGCUCACUUGGUCACACUUGGGAGCACACUUGUGGCUGCUCACCUGGGCGCACCUACAGGCACACCUGCGGCCAGUCAGCUGGGCGCCCCUGCGGGCACACCUGCGGCCGGUCAGCUGGGCGCCCCUGCGGGCACACCUGUAGCCAGUCACCUGGGCGCAUCUGCGGGCACACCUGCGGCCAGUCAGCUGGGCGCCCCUGCGGGCACACCUGCAGCCGGUCAGCUGGCCUCGCCCAGCAAGCCCCUCCCCGCUCCGUCGCCCGCGGCCCUGGAGGUGUGUGUGGACCGCCUGUCCCGCUCCUGCAGCCCGUGCGUCCCGGCUGAGAAGCCGAGCGGUGCCCAGCCCACAGACGGCCCGAAGGGCCCCGAGGAGCCGCACAGGCAGCAUGUAGACGAGCGCGCAGCCUGUCCUAAGCCAGAAGCCCUGCUCCCUGCCAAGGUCCGGCCCCCGGCCACGUCCGCGAUGGAGACUUCUCGCUCCCCUUCCCCUCAGUUCGCCCCCCAGAAGCUGACGGACAAGCCUCCCCUGCUCAUCCAGGACGAGAGUUCAACCAGAAUUGAGCGGGUGAUCGACAGCAACACCACGGUCAAGAUGGUGCCCAUCAAGAUCGUGCACUCGGAGAGCCAGCCCGAGAAGGAGAGCCGCCAGGGCCUGGCCCGUGCCGCCGAGCUGCCCGCGCUGCCCAGCGGGCUGGAGAGAGACCAGAUCAAGACGCUGAGCACGUCGGAGCAGUCGUACUCACGCUUCUGCGUGUACAGCCGCCCGGGCGCCGAGCCCCAGCCCCAGCCCCCCGCUGCGCCCGCCGCCGGCGACAGCCGGGCCUCCCCGCCCGCACUCAGCUACGUGAAGGCCCGCGAGAGGACGGCGGAAGAUCUGAAGUCGGAGGAGCUGGCCCGGGAGAUCGUGGGGAAGGACAAGUCCCUGGCCGAUAUCCUGGACCCCAGUGUCAAGAUCAGGACCACCAUGGACCUGAUGGAGGGCAUCUUCCCCAAGGACGAGCACCUCUUGGAAGAAGCUCAGCAGCGGAGGAAGCUGCUCCCCAAAAUCCCGUCGCCCAGAACCACGGAGGAGAAGAAAGACGAGCCGAGUGUGCCGGCGGCUGUGUCCCUGGCCACCAGCUCCACCUACUAUAGCACGUCGGCCCCCAAGGCAGAGCUGCUGAUUAAGAUGAAGGACCUGCAGGAGCAGCAGGAGCCCGAAGAGGAUUCGGGGAGUGACUUGGACCACGACCUGUCUGUGAAGAAGCAGGAGCUCAUCGAGAGCAUCACCCGCAAGCUGCAGGUGCUCCGGGAAGCCCGCGAGAGCCUGCUGGAGGACAUCCAGGCCAACGGCGUGCUUGGGGACGAGGUGGAGGCCAUCGCCAAAGACGUCUGCAAGCCCAGCGAGCUUGACAAGUUUCGAAUGUUCGUCGGAGACCUGGACAAGGUGGUGAACCUUCUGCUGUCGCUCUCAGGCCGCUUGGCCCGUGUGGAAAACGCCCUCAACGAUUUGGACGAGAACGCUUCUCCUGCUGACCGGCAAUCUCUGCUCGAAAAGCAGCGGGUCCUCGUCCAACAGCACGAGGACGCCAAGGAGCUCAAAGAGAACCUGGACCGCCGGGAGCGCGUCGUGUUCAACAUCCUGGCCAGCUAUCUCAGCGACGAGAGCCUGGCGGACUACGAGCACUUCGUGAAGAUGAAGUCGGCCCUCAUCAUCGAGCAGCGGGAGCUGGAGGACAAAAUCCACCUGGGCGAGGAGCAGCUGAAGUGCUUGCUGGACAGCCUGCAGCCCGACAGGGACAAAUAGGCGGGUCCUCCCUGGCCGGGGGCGGACGCCGGGCCUUCAGCUCCGUCGUCCAGGACGCCAGCGGAAAUCCCCGCCUGUAUUUAUGUCCUGUGCUGAGCAGCCUCCGCUAACGAAAUGGCGGUUAGAAAAGCAAUAACUCGCGUGUUUGUUCAGGUUGAUUUAUUUAAUUUUUCAGGUUCCCUUUUGAACGCUGAACUGAGUGGCUCAGUAUUAGCCAUGUUCUUUUACAAGUGAGCACACGUGGCCCUGGGCUCUGGUGGAUGGCACGUUUCUGCGGUGUAGCCUGUGGGCUCCGGUCCUGCAGCACAUGCCAGCGGUCAUUUGCAGUGGCGGGUCCGCCCCUUCGUCCGGUCCACAGAGGCCGAACCAGCCGCUCGGGAAGUGGCUGAGUGCGUCUCUAAGGUGCCUGAGAGGGGAAAAUCCUGGCCCACGUCUGCGCUCAUGGUUCAUCGGUCCACGGGUGUUGAGCAUUCGUUGUCUCUGACCCAGCAGAAACCACGAUGAUAAUUUAUUAACGUUUUGGAAAGAUGAAUAGUUUCCAAGCGGUUAGAAACCAACUGUGACAUGAAUAAUCUAUGUGUUAGGUUCCGCUCCUUCUAAAAUCGCCACUUAAACUGUGCGCAUGCUUUGAAACACACACACACACACACACACACACACAAAGCGAAGAGCUUGAGUACGUCUCACCGGACAGCACGAGUGAAAUGACGCUUUCCCGCACCGUGAAGUUACACACUUAAAAGUGUGUCCAGUAGUGAUGUGCUUGCUAGGUAUUUGUUUCAGGAGACCAACAGGAUAGUUCUUAAAUUACUUUUUCCCCCAGAACAUUUAUUUUGUGCGUCCAUGGUCACUGAUGAUAACUGGCCACUCUUCUCUUCUUGCCUCUUUGAAUCUGUCACCACGCCAUGACGGCCAUGCUUCGUGUACUGUAAGAACCUUCCUCUGGCUUUUCAGAGGUCCCGUGCACCGUACAACUUUGUCACAGAGUUUACAGAUUCUGUGCCCUUUUUAUUGGAUGGAAUUGCCAGAUUCUAAAGAGAGCAGCCGAGUCACUUAACAACAACAAAAAAUAACCAGUUAUGCUAUGAGCUUCUAGUCGACAAGUCACAGACUGGGAGACAACAUUUGCAAAUCGCACAUUUGAAACAAAGGAGUUGUCUCCAGAAUAUAAAAGAACUCUGAAAAGUCAACUAGGAGAAAACAAACUGCACAAUUAAAAUGCGGGCAAAAGAUUUCACCAAAGAGGAUAUAUGGGUGACAAAUAAGCACGGGCAAAAGACGUUCAACUACCAAUGGCUUGAUUAUAACCUAACUUAUUUUUACCUAAAUCAUUGUAGAGCCGGUAUAUUUCUUCACAGAUGCUCAUCUGAUUAGAUGCAUAGUUCAUGCUGGGAGAACCCCUUGGAUGAGUUCCCAUCAAGGUGAUAUUUGGACAUUCGUUUGAUGGAGGGAUCAUUUUAACCCUUGUCUCCCCGUAUUCCCAUAAAAGACGUUUUCCAGCAGGUGGAGAGAUGUCUGUUUGUCAGCGGUGACUGCUGCCUUACCAACACGCACACGCACGCUCACGCACGCACACACACCCGAAGGACAUACACUGUCCAUGCUUCAUGAGCCAGAGGGGUGAGCCAGCCCCCUGUGCAGGUGUGUCGAUGGCAGUGUGCUCUGCAAACGGGCACGCGUCAGGAACGCAGGCAAUAAACACUGGCUUUGGCAACACCCAAAAGGGAAAUACCUUCUCAGAAGCGUUCAUGCGUAUUAAGCUAUAUCUGACUUGAGAAAAAUCUGCCCAUGAUGUGUUCUCCUCCCUUCCCCCCGGUGUAGUCAGUCACUCGCUGUGGAAACUGGUCAUUUCGGGAGAGGUGCAGCUGGCCGUCCGCGGACCUCGUCUCUCCCCGUCGGGAGCACAGCCAGAGUAAUUUCAGUGUGUGUGCUUUUUAAUUUUGACCAAGCUUUUACCUGUGAUUCGUGCCCCUCUGGUAUGAUAUUGUGAUCAUUUUAAUAUGUCUGUAAAAUGUGAAUGAUGGAACUCGCUGUGUCUGUAUCCAGCCUUCCGAUGUCUUUUGAGGAAUUUCUGAUCCAUAGCAAUCUGUAGUGCUGUCUCCCUUGCAGCAAAGUUCCUGUAAUCACAACUGUCCUGUCCAGUCCCCUGUUUGCCUCUUGAAUGUCUGGUUAGCGGGGACCCAAAGAUUCCAGUGAGUCAGCAUACAUACCUUUGUAUAUAGUUACAUUAUUGCAUAUAAAAAGAAUCUGGUGCUCAUGUUUUCUCCUUGGCAUUCUUAGAUGGCGGCCGAUGCCUCACCCCUGUCAUAGCUCAGCUGUGGAACGGUCUCUCGCGGAUUUCCGUCCGGGCUCCUUACUGCCCGUGCCGUGUCUCCUGCCUUUCGCUCACGUGGAAAGCACGUGCAGGUUCUGUGCUCGACACGACUCACCUCUCACCAGAUCAAUCUGCUUGAUUUUAACAAAAUAAACAGUGUCUUUGAGUGAA